GAGGAGGAGGAGGAGACGCGACAGGAAAAGAAGAAUUUUGCUACAAAUGGACACGGCGGUGGCCCGGUGAUGCGCCGCGCCUGCUGCUGAGAGCUGUAGGGGCAGGCAGGAGGAACCGCGACAAUUUGCCACUGGAAACGCCGGACCUCCGCCAGAGCUGCCCCGGCUGCGUCCCAUUGCCAGAGACGGGACGCGAGGAUGGCAGCAGCAUCUGAGCAAUGAGCUCCACUAAGGUUCUGUCGGCGAGAGAACAUGGCGACAACAGCAACCACAGCAACCACAGCAGCAGCAUCAAAAGCAGCAGCAGCGUUGCGUUCAGCUGCACUCGCCUCGAGCAGCAGCUAAUCGUGGGCAAUCAGCAGCAAGGACAGCGGCCGCUUAACAAGAUCUGGAUACGUGGACUCUGACGCGAACAAUUUGCCCAAAAGCAUCCGUUCGGCGAUCCAGCAACCCCCAAUAAAUCCCAGAUAUCCAGCUGUGUAAGAGGCUCCGUCGCGUCUUCCCGUGUCACCACCACCACCAGCACCCCCACACCUCUCCCGGAGAGACGAGGAGCUGAGAGAACGGGCCAGGGGUGGUCUAUCUACGAAGAUCCCCUCCACCACCGACGCGGUGUCCCCUCUGUCGCAAACGGGAGACUGUGCGCACAGGACUGCUGCAAAUAACCCAGCGAGGCGCCGAUUAAUUUCCAGGCGGAGGAAGCGAGCGCGCCCGAGAAUCCGCGCAGGAUGAAAAGAUGGCAGCCCCAGUGCUGUUACCGCCUGGACCGCACAGUCUGCGCCGCUUCACGCCCGAGUCCCUGGCCGCCAUCGAGCAGCGCGCGGCCCACGAGCAGGCAAAGAAAGCCAAGGGCUUCGAGAGCGAGGACGACCAGCCCAAGCCCAGCAGCGACCUGGAGGUCGGCAAGUCGCUGCCGUUCAUGUACGGCGACAUGCCGCCCGAGUGCGUGGCCGAGCCGCUGGAAGACCUGGAUCCCUUCUACAGCACGCAGAAGACAUUUAUAGUCCUGAAUUCAGGGAAGGCCAUCUUCCGAUUCAGCGCCACACCUGCAUUGUAUAUUUUAACUCCGUUCAACCCCGUCAGAAGAUACGCUAUCAAGAUUUUAACACAUUCGCUUUUCAGUAUAUUCAUAAUGUUCACCAUUCUAACCAACUGUGUCUUCAUGACCAUGAGCGAGCCACCCACUUGGACCAAGAACGUGGAAUACACAUUCACAGGAAUCUAUACCUUCGAAUCCAUGGUGAAAAUCCUGGCUCGUGGGUUUUGCCUUCACCCUUUUACAUUCCUGCGCGACCCUUGGAACUGGCUCGACUUCUGCGUCAUCGUCAUGGCGUACGUCACGGAAUUUAUCGACUUGGGCAAUGUCUCGGCCUUGAGAACGUUCAGGGUUCUCCGAGCCCUCAAAACCAUCUCCGUUAUUCCAGGCCUAAAGACGAUCGUAGGUGCCCUCAUCCAGGCGGUGAAGCAGUUGUCGGACGUGAUGAUCCUCACCGUAUUCUGCCUGAGCGUGUUCGCGCUCAUCGGCCUGCAGCUCUUCAUGGGGAACCUGCGGCACAAGUGCAUCCUCUGGCCGAUUGCCAACCAGACCAAUGUCACGGAGUUCAACGAGACCGCCGAGCCCUUCAACUGGGAAAACUACGUCAACAACGAAGAUAAUCAGUACAAACUGGAAGGGAGUAAGGAUGCUCUCCUGUGUGGAAAUGGAUCUGAUGCCGGUUCCUGUCCAGAGAAGUUCGUCUGCGUCAAGGGAGGACGCAACCCCAACUAUGGCUACACGAGCUUCGACACCUUCAGCUGGGCCUUCCUGUCGCUGUUCCGCCUCAUGACGCAGGACUACUGGGAGAACCUCUACCAGCUGACUCUGAGGGCAGCUGGCAAGCCGUACAUGAUCUUCUUCAUGGUGGUCAUCUUCCUGGGCUCCUUUUACCUCAUCAACCUCAUCCUGGCCGUAGUAGCCAUGGCCUACGAGGAGCAGAACCAGGCCACCAUGCAGGAGGCCGACAAGAAGGACCGUGAGUUCCAGGCCAUGAUGGAGCAGCUCAAGAGGCAGCAGGAGGAUCUGGGGAAUGGGGGGGGCACAGCGGACAGCGAGCCCCUGUCCCGGAGCUCAUCCGAGGAGUCACGCCUGAGCUCCAAGAGCGCCAAUGAGAGCAGGAAUCAGAGAAAAAAGCAGAGGCAGAAGAGCGACUCGGAGGAGGGGGAGGAAAAGAGAGACGACGAGAAGAUCCCCAAGUCGGUGUCGGAGGAAAGCAUGCUCCGCAAGCCGGGCAGUCUACGCGGCAGCCGCAAGUACUCGACGCACCGAGAGUCCCUGAUAAGCAUGUACUACAAGCCGAAGAGGAAGAGCAGCCGCACGAGCUUGCUCAGCUUCCGAGAGAAGGUGCGCGACCACAACUCCGACAAUGACUUUGCCGACGACGAGCAGUCGGAGCUGCAGAGCAUGGCCGGGGAGGCCGGCAGCCGGCGCAACUCGCUGUUCGUGCCGCAGAGAGGCCACGGCGAGAGGCGCAACAGCCAGGGCAGCAAGUUAUCUUGGGCCGGGCCGAACCCGCCCAUCUUGCCACCGCUCAACGGCAAGAUGAACGUGUCGGUGGACUGCAACGGGGUGGUGUCACUCGUCGACCGGCCAGCCGGAACUUCGGUUCCCAACUCGCCUCCGGGGCUGCUGCUGCCUGAGGUGGUCAUCGACAAAGCCGUCACGGAUGACAAUGCCACAACUGAAACGGAGCUGCUGAAGAAGAGGAGGCGUGGGUCCCAGCACACCUCCAUGGACCUCCUGGAGGAGCCGGUGAUAAUACGGAACAGGGCAUACAGCGCCAUCAGCGUGCUCACCAACACCAUGGAAGAGCUGGAGGAGUCGAGGCAAAAUUGCCCCCCGUGCUGGUACAAGUUUGCCAACAAAUACCUCAUCUGGGAGUGCUGCUCACUCUGGAUGAAGGUGAAGGAGAUCCUCAAGAUGAUCGUCAUGGACCCCUUCGUGGACUUGUCCAUCACCAUAUGCAUCAUCCUCAACACCCUCUUCAUGGCCUUGGAGCACUACCCCAUGACCCCGGAGUUUGAUAAUGCCCUGUUCGUGGGAAACCUGGUGUUCACGGGAAUAUUCACGGCAGAGAUGGUGCUGAAGAUUGCGGCUCAAGAUCCUUACUACUACUUCCAGCAGGGCUGGAACAUCUUCGACAGCAUCAUUGUCAGCCUCAGCCUCAUGGAGUUGGGCCUGUCUUCGGUGGACGGUCUCUCUGUGCUGCGCUCCUUCCGCCUCCUCCGCGUGUUCAAGCUGGCCAAGUCGUGGCCCACGCUCAACAUGCUCAUCAAGAUCAUCGGCAACUCGGUGGGCGCCCUCGGCAACCUGACGCUGGUGCUGGCCAUCAUCGUCUUCAUCUUUGCCGUGGUGGGGAUGCAGCUCUUUGGCAAGAUGUACAAGGAGUGCGUGUGCAAGAUCAGCGAGAAUUGCACUCUGCCUCGCUGGCACAUGCACGACUUCUUCCACUCGUUCCUCAUCGUGUUCCGUGUGCUCUGCGGCGAGUGGAUCGAGACCAUGUGGGACUGCAUGGAGGUGGCCGGCCAGGCCAUGUGCCUCAUCGUCUUCAUGAUGGUCAUGGUCAUCGGCAACCUUGUGGUGCUCAACCUCUUCCUGGCGCUGCUGCUGAGCUCCUUCAGCGGCGACAACUUGUCAGCCACGGACGACGACGGUGAGAUGAACAACCUGCAGGUGGCCAUCGGCCGCAUCGAGCGUGGUGUCUCCUUCAUCAAGCGUUCCAUCUGCGACGUCUUCCGCAAGGCGCUCAAACGCAGCUGUGACAACGAGGAGAUGAAGGCCCUGGAUGACCUCGGAGGCCUUGACAAGAUGGAGAUCUAUGUGGGGAACCACACGGGCGUGCAGGGAGAGUCAAUCGUGAAGGAUGGGAAUGGCGUGGCGAGCGGCGCCGCCGGCGUGGGGAACAGCUUGAAGAACCACCACGUGCUGGACGUCGAUCGUCUCGGCUUCCUCACCAACCCCAACCUGGGCGUGCGCGUUCCCAUCGCCGUGGGCGAGUCCGACUUCGAGAACCGUGACGAGGAGGACGAGGAUGACGACAACCAGACCACGGAGUCUGGCAUGGAUGAAAGCAAGGAGAAGUUGGACACGGUGAGCUCGUCCGAGGGCAGCACGGUGGACAUCCAGAAGGAGGGAGUGGUGGAGGUCCCCGUGGAGCUCGUGGAGGAGAUGAUGGAGCCAGAGGAGUGCUUCACAGAAGGCUGCCUGCACCGCUUCCCGUACUGCCGCCUGGACGUGGGCACGGACCGCGGGAGGUCCUGGUGGAACCUGCGCCGUGCCUGCUAUCGCAUCGUGGAGCACAACUGGUUUGAGUCGGUCAUCGUGUUCAUGAUCCUGCUCAGCAGCGGCGCCCUGGCCUUUGAGGACAUUUACAUCGAGCAAAGGAAGACGAUCAAGACAGUGCUGGAGUACGCUGACAAAGUCUUCACCUACGUCUUCAUCCUGGAGAUGCUGCUCAAGUGGGUGGCCUAUGGCUUCCAGAAGUACUUCACCAACGCGUGGUGCUGGCUCGACUUUCUCAUCGUUGAUAUCUCUAUUGUUUCCCUCAUGGCAACAGCCCUCGGUUAUGAUCAGCUCAGCGCAAUAAAGUCCCUAAGGACCCUGCGUGCCCUGAGACCUCUGCGCGCGCUCUCCAGAUUUGAAGGAAUGAGGGUGGUGGUGAACGCGCUCGUGGGCGCCAUCCCCUCCAUCAUGAACGUGCUGCUCGUGUGCCUCAUCUUUUGGCUCAUCUUCAGCAUCAUGGGGGUCAACCUGUUCUCGGGGAAGUACUACUACUGCCUCAACAAGACGGACGGCCAGCGGUUGCCCAUCUCCAUCGUUGACAACUACAGCAUGUGCAUCGCGCUCAAUGACACCACCAACGAGACGCUGUGGAAGAACGUUAAGGUCAAUUUCGACAACGUUGGCAUCGGUUAUCUCGCCCUGCUGCAAGUCGCCACAUUUAAGGGCUGGAUGGAUAUCAUGUAUGCAGCAGUGGAUUCCCGUGAUGUAAAGGAACAGCCGUCCUACGAGAUCAACCUUUACAUGUACCUCUACUUCGUCAUCUUUAUUAUCUUCGGCUCAUUUUUCACUCUCAAUCUCUUCAUCGGUGUCAUCAUCGACAACUUCAACCAGCAAAAGAAAAAGUUUGGAGGGGAGGACAUCUUCAUGACAGAAGAGCAGAAGAAGUUCCACAAUGCCAUGAAGAAGCUGGGCUCGAAAAAACCACAGAAGCCCAUUCCGAGGCCUGGGAACAAGCUCCAGGGAGCGGUCUUCGACUUUGUGACGAAGCAAGUAUUUGACAUCCUCAUCAUGAUCCUCAUCUGCCUCAACAUGGUGACCAUGAUGGUGGAAACCGACAACCAGAGCAUCGAGAUGGAGAAUAUCCUCUUCAGUAUCAACCUCGUCUUCAUCGUCGUCUUCACAGGGGAGUGCGUGCUCAAGAUGCUUGCUCUUCGGCAGUACUACUUCACUAUCGGAUGGAACAUCUUCGACUUUGUGGUUGUCAUCCUCUCCAUAGUCGGCAUCAUGCUGGCAGACAUGAUCCAGAAAUAUUUUGUGUCGCCAACACUUUUCCGAGUUAUCCGCUUAGCCCGGAUUGGACGAAUCCUACGUCUCAUCCGAGGUGCCAAGGGAAUCCGUACGCUGCUCUUUGCCCUCAUGAUGUCCCUCCCCGCCCUCUUCAACAUUGGCCUCUUGCUCUUUCUCGUCAUGUUCAUCUACUCUAUCUUCGGCAUGUCCAACUUCGCCUAUGUGAAAAAGGAGUCCGGCAUUGACGACAUGUUUAACUUUGAGACAUUUGGCAACAGCAUGAUCUGCCUAUUUCAAAUCACCACUUCAGCUGGCUGGGAUGGUCUCCUCGCCCCAAUCCUGAACAGCGGUGUCCCGGACUGUGACCCUGAAAUUGAGCACCCAGGCAGCCUGGUUAAGGGCGACUGUGGGAACCCCAUGGUCGGGAUUAUAUUUUUCGUCAGCUACAUCAUCAUCUCUUUCCUGGUUGUGGUCAACAUGUACAUCGCCAUCAUCCUCGAGAACUUCAGCGUUGCCACGGAGGAGAGUUCAGAGCCAUUGAGCGAAGACGACUUCGAGAUGUUCUAUGAAAUCUGGGAGAAGUUCGACCCAGAUGCCACCCAGUUCAUCGCCUGGGAGAGGUUGCCAGACUUUGCCGAUGCCUUAGAUGAGCCGCUCAGAGUUCCCAAACCAAACAAGAUCAAGCUGAUUGCGAUGGAUCUGCCCAUGGUGAUUAACGACAGGAUCCACUGCCUGGACAUCUUGUUCGCGUUCACGAAACGUGUGCUGGGUGAGGGCGCCGGCAUGGACGCGCUCAAGACCCAGAUGGAGGACCGCUUCAUGGCGGCCAACCCCUCCAAGACUUCGUACGAGCCCAUCACCACCACGCUGCGGCGCAAGCAGGAGGAGGUGGCUGUGCGCGUGAUACAGCGCGCGUACAGGCGCCACAUCUUGCACCGGUCCCUCAAGCAAGCCUCCUACAUCUACCGGCACCGGAAGAGUGACGGAAACAUCCUGGAGGAGGAAGCGCCCGAGAAGGACGGGCUCAUCGCGAGGAAUAUGCGCGCCAACUUCUCCACCGACUGCGAGUACGGUGACUCCUCCACCAUUACUCCCCCGCCUUCAUUUGAAAGCUUGGAACUAAUGGAUAACACAAACAAGCACGGUGGAUACAACGAUGAGGACCCCAAGGAGAGGGACAUCGAAGGGAAGGACAUUCGUGAAUCGAUAGUAUAGUGAACUUAAUCGGUCACCCAAGCAGCUAGUGAAGGUUUACACCGUCGGGAUCCUACGCUCGUGAACUGAAGGUUUAACGUGUACUUCGUGCAUCAUAGACACACCGCAGAACAAAUGCCAAACAGACCUGUCGGGGCACGGGUCGAGCAGACCCCAUGACAGACAUCCCGCCUCAACACGGAGGAACUAGUGGUGGUGAAACAGAUCCGUCAAGACUGCCGCCGGGGAGAGGAGGCCCAAUCCAACAGUGCCGUGGUGCUCCUUGGAAGGACACACGUCCACGAGAUGGAGGGAGGGGAGCCCCUCAGCCUGUAUUCAUUCUGAUGAAGGAAAGUGAAUGCAAACAUCAUCAAAUGCAUUUCUGCGGAAGGAAAUACACGAUGCGUUUAUUGUCACCAACAUUGUAGUUCAUUCAUCAGAACUUUAGCACGAACAAACGCAAGCAUGCUAAAGUAAUGUUGUGUACACUGCAAUGUUCCUGUUUGGUUUUAUGUUUUCAGGUUAAACUUGACUUUAUGUUAUCAAGUGUUGGUGUUUACGUUAUAAACGUAUUUAAGUUGCACUUUCAAAUCCAGCUUCUUAGUUCCGUGUAUAUUUUUUAUUUAUUGUCACCAAUUGGGCUGGGUGAUGGGAAUUCCAUUUCGGUUCCUCGAAGCGGUUUGAGUGUCUUUACUGCAUCGGUUUGUGACGAUUUACAGAAGUCUUGCCGGUUCACUAUCUGCCGUACGAACGGAACGUGGGAGAGAAGCCACAAAGCUGAAUUCACACACACAGCAGUGCUCCUGAAAAGUGCUUUGCCUUUGACUCCCCAGCCCCACACGUAGUGUGAGAUGCAGUAGUUGUGUUUAGAGGUACCGUGAGUUCUGCAUGUUGCAAAGGCCUUGAGCUGUUAGUUCACCUUAAGCAGUUCUGCAUUGAGAAAAACAAAAAAAAGCUUGAAUGUGCACGGGUGUAAAGUGCAGCUCAGUGCCGUACUUGUUGGUGUGCUGUUUUUUUCUGCACACCUACCCCGUCCUGUGCCGCUGUUUCAAUAGGAACUUUUUUUUCAGUUUCAGGAAAUAGGAAGCUUCCCCCCCCUCCCUGCAAAAUGUCAACUAUCAAGCGACGCUAUUGUGCAAAUAUUUUGGUUUAUUAUUUUGUAUAAAAAUGCAAUGAUUCGUAUACUCCAUCAGUCAUCGGCAUGUCAUGAUCAGGCAGUGAGAUUUUUGUGCUCUGUCACAGCUGUUCUCAGUGGGUUAUUAAAAAAAUUUAAAGAUUAAAAAAGGUGAAUUUUGUUAUGGUAUAUUUCCAUUUCGAUGUUUCAAUAGGUGCGACCUACUUUUGAUGCAUGCUUUCGCUGAUGUAUCUAUUUUUUGCACAUUGAAGCCAUACGUUAUUGACAGCCGAGCAAUGUGCAUUUUACGUGCACACGCCAAUUCUGCGGAAUAUUGACAGAACACGUGUCAUUAUUUUACACUGGUUUAGUAAAAUUGUACAUUUUUAUCUACAGUUUUAUUUUAUGCAUAGAUCUUUUUACCAGUACAUUAUAAAUAAUGUAAAAUAUAAUUUUAAAUGUGUCAGCAUUUAAUUUGUAAAUACAGAAGCAUAUCUAUUAAAGCUAUUGGAACGCUCCAUCAAUAUGUCUCGAUGUUCUAAUGUGUAUGGCCUUUAAAAAACGUUGGAUUUUUAAAUAAUGCAAAAGAUAUGCUCGUGAAAAGCGGUUGUCUGAGGACAGUUGUGUUCCACUGCCGUACGAUGAACAUUUCUCGCCGCUUUUCGUUUGAGCUCUGCUGCUAAACCUGUGAUGUGCAGUCAACCCAGGGUGCGUACGCAAGCAAGGCCAGCAUGCGCUUGGGCUGCCAAGUUCGGCUUGGAUCUCAGAUGUGUUCAGUGUGGAGAUAUAAAACAAAAACAUGUUUCAUAAAUUUUACCUGAUAAUUGUUGAUGUGUUUGUGAUCUGCAUGCAGAGCUAUACCUUUAACAAUAGCAGUUACAGUUCAUCUCCCACCGAUGCAAAAUUCAUAUAUUUUAUUUUACGACACCAAAGAGAUGAUCACUGUAGGCCUCCACCACAUGCGAACUGCUGACCCGGCCAGCGUGGUCCCCUGUAGGGCCAAUACGGACGCUGCUUUUUGUAUUGGUAAGCAGCUCCAUGCAGUGAGAUACCGUUCAGCAACAUUCCACGUUCAAAACGCCAGCACGCUGCCGUUCACUCCCUUGUGAGUUUAUUGAGGAGCACCCUGAAGCAUGUGCUUACUUUAUAUUGAAUUUGGUCCCUGUCAGUGGAAUAUAGAAUUUUUUACUUCCAGCCCAUGAGCACCAAAGGAGAUGAGCACCAUCCAGCCUUCAAUUGAGGAUGCAUUUUUUGACAUUUAUUUUUUAAAUAACAGCAGGGAUGCAUUUUACAUUUUGUAGUGCAUUACUUCAUGCACAGAUGUUAGUCUAUUUUAUUUUUUUUUUACGUGAAGGUAACCCUAAAAAAGAUCAAUAUGUAAAUCAUUGUGCUUCAUGUCCAGUGGGAUCGGAAUGAUGAACACCCCAGAUACUAAAGUGCACCCGUUGAUGAUUCCGGAGAGAGCGAGACGUGCCAUAAGUCCGUGCAAGGCUAAGCACAUGUCAUCGUCAGUAACAUGAGAACACCACACGUUAUUAAGGCACAAACGCAUUGGUCACGAGAACCACCAUGCGUGCUGCACAGGCACAUGGCCAGGACGCCAAAGUGAAGGAACCGAGGGGAGGCGUUCAGGGCAAUUUCACAUCUACCAUGUCGGCUGUUGCCACAAACGCAGCACGCAAAGCUUCCCUGCCAGGCUGUCACUCUGUCCUCCCUCCUGCCCUGCCCUCCCACCUCCUCUCGCACCCCCUGGGACAUGUUAAUGCUGGCUGGCACUUCCUUACAUGAAGUCAAAAAGCACGGUGUGGUAAUGUUACUAAGUGCACAAGAUUUAGGCCCCAUUACCCUUGUACGUGAGCCAAUGAAGGGAUGUGAAUGUGACCUUGAUUUUUGGAAAACAGCAGCCCUUUGGGAAGAUACCCAUGCGGUAACGUGAUACCUAGUCAAACACUCUCGAAACAUUUUUGGAUUACCAUCCUGGCAUAGUAACUAAUCAAAAAAUACCAGCCCACGUCAAUGCAAUUCCAUCCACCCAAGCUUCAGUAUAGCCCACUCGUUGAUCGAAUCGUCAUGCCGUGCACAAAUGCAACACACUGCCCUUUGCCAGGUUUUGUCAUCUUCUAACGAGGUUCCAAGGUGGCUGGCAAUAGACUGAAAUCUAGAGCUAAUAAGGCUGCAGGAAACGAAAGCACACUGCAGCAGCAGCAAGCUUCCAAGGAUCGCGCUGUCAGUCGACAAGACCGCCAGUCCAGCGGGAAGGCUUACGGGUGUGUUGACGCUUUAUCCUGGAGGAAAAGAAAAACAAGUAGCUGGGCUAGGGCUUGUAGAAACAUAGAAUUAGGAGUAUGUUUUUAGCUGCCUCUCACGACUAAAGGCUGCACAGUGAUCGAGUCACACAUGAGUUGCUAGUCAAGGGUUGAAACCGCUCUCCUAAGCACGCAUUCCAGACAUAGAGCAGUAAUGACACAACACAGCAUUUGAGCUACUCGGUUGUGAUGGUGUUGUUUAUGGGGAUAAAUUCAGAUGUUUUAAAGCAACGUGAACAGCUCACGGUCCUUGCUUGCACUGCUGGUGAAUGUCUCACGAAGUUUUGUAGAAGCACAUUGACGACACUUUACUGGGCUCAGCCAAAAUGCGGUAUUAACGAAAAGCUUAAAUACAGAUACAUUAUAUACCAAUUGCUUUCUAAUCUCACACACACACAAGUGUAUAAUUCUGACCUCGUGCUGCUUAAUAACAGUACUUGUUAUUUUAAUUGCAUUAUCGACAGCUUCUACUGUAUUUUAAUGACUAAAAUACAUUUAAAAUAGGCGUGAUAAAUGCAGAAUUUAUAGAUGUUGCACAUGUAUGUUUUUUAUUACAAAUAAAAAUUUAUUGUGGUAA